GGUCCUGCGUUGGUUUUCACGGGCGGCCACAGGUUGAAGUUGGGGCCCCACCCGCCCCACCGUGCGGUCGGUCGGUCGGUCGGUCGGGGGACGACGGAGCCAGCAGGUUCUUCAGCAAUAGUUAUGAACUCUCGGUUACGAGCACUAGGUGGAAGAAUAAAUAACAUUCGUGCUUCAGAUCUUCCAAAGGAACGAACCCGAUCUGAGAUCAUUUGCAAUGUCCACUUUUUGGAUGGCUCAGUGCAAAGCUUCAAAGUUAGCAAACAAGAUACUGGUCAGGUGUUGUUGGAUUUUGCUUAUAAUCACUUGGGUGUGACAGAGAAGGAAUAUUUUGGUUUACAACACUGUGAAGAGUCAGCAGAUUCACCAAGAUGGCUUGAAUCUGGCAAGCCUGUUCGGAAACAGCUAAAAGGAGGGUUCCCCUGUAGCCUGCAUUUCCGAGUAAGGUUUUUCAUACCUGAUCCAAACACAUUAAAGCAGGAAGAAACCAGACAUUUAUUCUUCUUGCAAUUGAAGUCUGACAUUUUAGAAGCAAGGUUGUUAUGCCCUGUUAGUUCAGCUGUGGUACUUGCAUCAUAUGCAGUUCAGUCUCAGCUUGGAGACUACAAUGCUUCCAUCCAUCUCCCAGGAUAUCUUUCAGACUAUCGCUUUACACCAGAGCAAAAUACAGAUUUUCUAACCAAAGUAGAAUCAUUACAUGAACAGCACAGUGGCCUCAAACAGUCGGAAGCAGAGUGCUGCUACAUUAACAUAGCAAGAACGCUUGAAUUCUACGGAGUAGAAUUACACAGUGGUAGAAAGUCAAAAGAGUCAUUGGCUUGCAUGGAUGAAACUAAGCUGAUUGCAAUUUGGGGUGCAGUUGAAGGUUUGGCAGUGAUAAAAGAUUUGCAUAAUCUUGACCUUAUGAUUGGAAUUGCUUCAGGAGGCAUUGCAGUAUAUAGAAAACUCAUUUGCACAAGCUUCUAUCCAUGGGCGAAUAUAAUAAAAAUUUCUUUUAAGCGAAAGAAAUUCUUUAUCCAGCAGCAACAAAAACAUAAUGAAUCCAGGGAACACGUAGUUGCCUUCAAUAUGUUAAACUACCGAGCAUGCAAAAACCUGUGGAAAUCUUGUGUAGAGCUUCACACAUUUUUCCAGGCAAAGAAGAUGCUACCUCACGAAAAGAAAUUAUUCUCCCAUUACUUGACCAUGGGUUCUAGGACACCAACCAAAUCUAAUAUUCAGUAUUGCAAAAAAGUAAUAGGCGGCAUGAUUUGGAAUCCAGCUAUGAGGAGAUCCAUGUCUGUUGAGCACCUAGAGACCAAAAGCCUUCCUUCUCGGUCUCCUCCAGUUACCCCAAACUGGAGAAGUCCUAGACUGCGUCAUGAGAUUCGUAGACCACGGCACUCAUCUGUAGACAAUCUUGCAAAUGAGAUUUCCUAUAUAACGGAAACAGAAGAUGUUUUUUAUACUUAUAAAGUUUCCCCAGCUUCAAAGGAUAGUGAUUCAGAGUUGUCACAGAAUCACAGCCCAGGGAGAAGGAAUAUAUUGGAAAAUAAUUCAACACAGAAUUCCUCAUCUCAGACAGCCAAUGGGGUUGGCAACCAUUCUGGGUCUUCUCCUUUGGAUGGAACAGAUAAACAACUUUUAGAAACAAAUGAAAAUGUUACAAAAGGACUUUCAAUUGAUGAUUCCAGUCAGUACUACUUUGAUAAGAAUGAUGUUAUUGAUGGAGACUUGCUUUUGAUACGCAUCUUACCAGAUGAAGAUGGGAAAUUUGGGUUUAAUCUGAAGGGUGGUAUCGAUCAGAAGAUGCCUCUAGUUGUGUCCAGAAUAAUUCCAGGCGCUCCUUCUGAUAAAUGUAUUCCAAAAUUGCUUGAAGGUGAUCAGAUUGUAUUAAUCAAUGGCCGGGACAUCUCUGAACAUACACAUGACCAAGUGGUGAUGUUUAUAAAAGCGAGCCGAGAGUCGCACACAAGAGAGCUUGUGCUUCUGAUCAGGCGGAAAGUUGCCAGACAAUUCGUUGAGUGCAAAUCAGAGGAUGAAGGCGAUAGCUUUAAUUUUCCAGAAACAAUUCUCCCCACCUGUUCAGGGUAUGGUGAGACCCUUGAGGAGACAAUGGAACAACUGAAGAAAGGGCUAGAAAGUGGAACGGUCCUAAUUCAAUUUGAGCAACUUUACAGAAAAAAGCCAGGAUUAGCUGUUACUUGUGCAAAGCUACCUCAGAAUAUGGACAAAAAUCGAUACAAAGAUGUUCUACCAUAUGAUGUAACCAGAGUAAUAUUACAAGGAAAUGAGGACUAUAUAAAUGCAAAUUAUGUGAAUAUGGAAAUUCCUUCUGCUGGUAUUGUGAACAAAUACAUUGCCACUCAAGGCCCUCUUCCACACACCUGUCCGCAUUUCUGGCAAGCAGUUUGGGAUCACAGAUUAUCACUGAUUAUCAUGUUGACAACCCUUACAGAACGAGGGCGGACCAAAUGUCAUCAUUAUUGGCCUGAUCCUCCAGACAUUAUGGAGUAUGGCAACUUCCGUGUCAAAUGUCGAUCUGAAGAUUGCACCAUUGCUUAUGUGUUUAGAGAAAUUGUUGUUACAAAUAUUGAAACGGAAGAAGAACAUACAGUCAAUCAUCUCCAGUAUGUGGCUUGGCCUGAUCAUGGUGUCCCCGAUGAUUCUACAGACUUUUUGGAAUUUGUGACCUAUGUGAGAGCAAAGAGGGUGGAAAAUGAGCCAGUUCUCGUGCACUGCAGUGCUGGAAUAGGCCGGACUGGAGUAUUGGUUGCUAUGGAAACAGCUGUGUGCUUAAUUGAAAGAAACCAACCUGUUUAUCCACUGGAUAUUGUACGAAAAAUGCGAGACCAUCGUGCUAUGAUGGUGCAAACAUCAAGCCAGUACAAAUUUGUCUGUGAAGCUAUUCUUCAUGUUUAUAAAGAAGGAAUUGUUCGCCCACUGGAUUCCAGCUAGCGUAACCGUGAAGAAAAGUUCAUCUGUGUAAAAACACAUGUAUCAAGCCCCUGUGGUUUGUGGUUAUAAAUGAUGGUGGAGCUAGCCAAGGCUCUUGGGAACAGAAAGCAAGCUUGUACUCUGGCACUUUAAAAUUCUAUAGAAAAUUACUGAACCAUGUACUAUACAUAGGAAGCAGGUAGGCUUGCAAAGGCAUGUGAUGUGGAACGUAUGAACAUGGAAAACAAUGAAAUCCUCAUGUAUCCUCUGUAUGCACCUUUUAUUGCCUUAAAAAACUUUUCAGACAUUACUGUAAUUCUAGUGCUUACCACUGGAAACUGGAAAAGACCAACUAGUAAUACUAGUGGGAAAGCAAUCCAAUUACGUGAAGAGCCAAGUGCCUUCAUCUCCUAGAGAGUUGAGUACUCCACAGCUCACACAAAAUUGGACUGAAUCAUCCAAUACAAGGUAGCAUUGGCAAUAUUAUUUAGCUUAUCAAACGUUUUUCUGAAAUGGAAUGCCAAAGGUUGAAGCAAUGACAUUGUAACCUCUGUAAAUCUAUCUGCAUCACUAUUAGAUGUUCAUAAACCAAGCAUAGAUUGCAUGAUAUACAGAAUAGUGCAAUGGUACGGCUUUAUGUGAGAGAGGAUGUAAUCAGUAUCUUCCCCUGGUUAUUUUUUAUAUGCCCUCUGUGUCUAUAUUGCUCUUUACCUUCUAGUUUGGUGUAUGGAAUAGUGAAGUUUUUAAAUUCAGUUUGUAAGAUCUGCUCUUCUUUCUGACUCAAAGUCUGUUAGACUUUAGAUGCAGAUGAUAACAGAUUGUUGCACAUAGCUGCUAAAAUUUCUUUGCUGUUAGGAUUAAUCCAGUGCUGGAUACAUAUUUACUGCUGAAAUGAAUAUGCUGUUGCUGCUAAAAUGUAAAGGGCAUAAAUGUUCAGAUGUAAAACACUGACUUCAUUGUCCCUUGGGAGAAAGUUUAUUCUACUCUAACUGUAGGCCAAUUCUUCCAUUGCCUUUGGAGCAUCAUUGCUAUUGCAAAGCCCCACCACUUUGUGUUUGGCUUCCAUUUUUAUUACCAUAUUUCUUCAAUUCUAAGAUGCACUUUUUCCCCAUAUAAACAUCUCUAAAAACGGGGUGUGUCUUAGAAUCGCGGGCGCGUCGUUUUUCUUAGAAUUAAAGCUUUUUUUCUAUUGGUGAUACUGAAAUUAAUGUGCGUCUUACAAUCGAAGAAAUACGGUAAUCCUUGGGUCAGAUUUCAUGGAAAUUAGUAUCCCCUUCGUAUUGUGGGCCACUGCUGCUUGCAUUUGCAAGUACCUACGAGAUUUGGUUUACAUAUAGAUAUAUAUAAGGGGGGAAAACCCAGAGAGUUUGUCCCUGCAGUGGCAAAAAUUCAAGGGGGCAAGGAAACAGAAGCUGCAGGGAAUUAAGUGGCCCUUAGUCAAAGAUCUUCUGGAAAACAUUUAUUUAGCUAGAAAGGAGAAGACCUAGAUUUUUCCCCGCUGAUGAAGAGCCAUGGUGCAAUCCUGUGACUGCUUAUUCCAUGUUUUUAGGAUCACAGCCUUAAUUCUUUCAUAAAUAAUUGAUUGCACUUGCAGUUUUGAGGGUUUCGGUGUAUGAAAAUAAAUAUUUGUAUGGUAGAAAAAUUAAAGACAGCAACUGUAUGAGUGGCCUACGAAUAGCAAUCACACUACAAAAGUAAUACAGAAAUUGGCCUUUUUUAUGUGGUGUGAGUGAGAUGGGGAAACAAAUUUGAAUGGCUAUAAAGUAAGAAUGAGUUGUACAUUGUUAAUUUGCUUUAAGGUACACUGGUCUCAGUUUCAUUUCAAAGGAGAGAAUUGGAAUAAAUAACCAUUGUGUGGUGUUUAAGACUUUGUCCUUGUUAAUAAUUCUCUAUUUGUUAAAUUUAAAGCAAAUGUUACAUAAGGGUGUCUAAAAUCAUGUUAUACAAAAUGUGAUUCUGAGGAAAGCUCUAGAAAUUUGAGAAACGUGGGGUUCAGCGUUAGUCAUACUUAGAGUAGACCAAUUGAAACUAAACACACAACAUUUCAGUGGGUAUACUCAGUAUGACAAUGGGCAGUAUCCAAAGGGGAUUCUCUGCCUCCGCUGGUUGUAUUGCACUCAGGCGAACUCACCUCUUGCACAACCAGGCUGUGGCGCUUCUAAAAAUAACCAUGAAAACAAGCAAAAACGCUUGUGUCUGGAUAGGGACAGGCCAGCGAAGACCCUUUCUUCAAGCUCCAAUAACCUGCCUUGUUCCAGAAAUGAGUGUUUUCGCUCAUUUCACAUUAUUUUUAGAAGCACCAAAGCCCUGAUGCACAAGAGGUGGUCCCACAAGUGCAUGGGCACAAUAGGAUACUACCCCGUCUGGAUCUAACCCAUUGUGUCUACGUAUUUAUCUGUAUUAAACUCUUUUUUUUUCUUUUUACUAUGCAGAUUUUAACUACAAAUGUAUUACAGUAGCAAUCAUCUUGGGGUUUUCCCAAGAGGCUCUUCUGUUUUGUUUUUUGUCUGGAAUCAAUAAUGGUGUGAAAAUGAAUGUAUAAUGCUUUAUAAUGGUGACACACUUUGCUCUGAAAACUGACUGUUCCAUAGGUUUUGUGUGGUUUUGGUUGUUUUUGAUGUGAAGAUGUUUGGUAACUUGUCUGAUUACCUGGUCUGUCUAUGACAUCUUUGUUGAAAAGGCGACCAGUUGUUUAUCAUGUUCUCCUUAUUCUAAUGAGGUUUAAUCCAAGAAUUUCCUUUAUUCUAAUAAGGUCUUAUUUGGGAGUUUAUUAUUGAACCACUGUUGUCUGGUGGAUAUGACGGAUUUAAAUGAAAUAGUUGAUUUUUGAUAAUCUGAUAUCAAGACUACUCAUCUUUUUUUUUUUGUCUUUUGGAAAAUAUUGUAUAAAAGUCAAAUAAGUUACAAAUUGAAAUGCUGUGUUGUCGUUAUAGGUAUUUAUCUGGCUGCUUCUAUUGGGGAGUGACUUAUUUCCACUGCAUCCAGUCAGAAUCUGUUAGGUGAAGUAUUGCAUUUACAAGGAGAAGCAGAGAAAGUGGUUGGGAAAAUGAGGGUUCCUCUUGGCCCAGAUGAUCUCACAUCUUGAGUAAGGCCUGAAUUCACAGUAGUCAUAUCUGUACUAUAACACUGUGUCAAAAGAGUGCAACAAGAAUAAACUAUAUUUUGAAACUGGUGCCAUAAAUAUGGGCAUGUCCUUACCAACUUUUAAAGUUAAUCCAGAACAUUUUUCACUCCAACUUAGUUGGGCCUGCUUCUUUGCCUGUAUCUCACCUGACUGUUCCUGGUAUUUUGAAAUCUGUCAUAACCUCCUAUAGGAUUUCCCCCUAAAAUCUGUUUAUCCAGAUUUCUGCCGUUAAUUUUUCAGAAGUAUAUUUCCGCUGAAUAUACUUCUGAAAAAUAUACUUUACCAUAAUUCCAUGCAAUUAUGGUAAAUAUUUUUAGAAAGUGCUAUGUCACUAAGCAUUCAUGAACGACAUCUCUGCAGGGCUGCAUGUACUAUGUGCUAUAAAGAAACAAAAUCUUACAUCAAAGUAACCCACAUUUUGGUACAAGAUGAGCUGAAUUCUGUGUUCAGUGUAAAUUGUGCAAAUACAAUUAAUUUGUAUGAUUUUUUUGCACAAUUUAUUCAGUCCAUGCUGACCAUGCAGAUUACUCAAACCCCAAUUCUUGACCACUGGAAAUGUUAUUCUGCAGUCCUCUGCUUUUUUACAUAUUUAUAAGUCAUUGCCCAUUCACAUUUAAGUAUGUUAUUGUAACCAUAAGGAGUAGAUCCAUAACUUAUGCAAGUAUUCAUUCACUCAUUAAGCUGCAGAAUGGGGUGAGAUAAAGCUAGAUAAAUCUAUAUUAAAAAUGGACCAUUGUUUGUUUCUUCAUCCCAAUAAUCAGAGGGACAGUCCUAGGUGCAUACUGAAACCACCACAGUACCUAGCAGAGCCUAAUUUGAAUACCUGCAGUCUCCUCCCACAUUCUAUGUUAAGACUGCACUACAUGGCGUCAACAUUGGCGAGAUCUCCCACACACAUGCCAUUUGCUUCGUUUACUCUCUAGCCUGAUGAAGACGUUGCGAACUUGCUAAUAUUUUGUGAUGUAAUAUGGGUGCAAUGCUGUGGCAUGCUGAGAGAUGGAAAAAGAGGAUUUUAUAUUACCUGAAGCUGGGAGUAUAUUCAAUUUGGCUUAUAUUUAAUUCUUUUUUUAACCUAGUACACUAUCUAAAACAGCUUUCCCCCAGCCUAGUGUCCUCCAGACAUUUUGGACUACACUUCCCAGCAUUCCUGACCAUUGGCUAUGCUGGCUGGGGCUUGCAGGAGUGGCAGUCCAACACAUCUGGAAGGAACCAGUUUGGGGAAGAGUGAUACUGAUCUAAAAUUAUCUCCAGCUUUGUUAGAAAGAAACUACACAGUUUAUAUUCUGUUUUCCACCAACCAAGAAACCUGUGAAUUUCACCUAAGGAUGGAGACAGAGCCGGGUUAGAGCUGGAUUUUAUAUUUUCAAAAAUAGUGGGUUAACCAGUGUUUCAUCAUCCCCACAGUUCUGGGGACAGUCCUAGAUGCAAUCAGAAACAAUCACAACUAGUACAGCCUAAUUUGAAUGUCUGCAGCCUCCUCCCACAUUUAGACUGACUAAAUGCAGACUCCAUGUCUUCAACAUUAACUAUUUUUCCCCCUCUGGCAUGUUUCCUUUGUUUACCAUCUAUCGUGAUGAAGACUUCUGGCAAAUUCAGAAGCUUGUGCAAUAUCUUGUGACCUUUGGUUGGCCUAAUAAAGUUAUGGCUCUCGUAAGAUUUUUUAAAUAAAACAAAAAACUAUUUCUAAAAAGUUGCCUUGUAUAUCAGACUUGAAAUUGUAGCUGGC